AACGUCUCACACUCACUUGCCCCCUGCAGACUUUUCACAGGUUUAUUUCUUGCAGAACUUAAUGUUGUUACCUUUGUCACUAUAAAUGGGUUACUUAAAGCAGUUAGACGUCGAAAAUUUCAAAUCAUGGCGGGGGAAACAAGUAAUUGGACCUUUUAAAAGGUUCAACUGUAUUAUUGGAACAAAUGGCUCAGGGAAGUCCAAUGUCAUGGAUGCCCUGGGGUUUGUAAUGGGCGAGCGGGCUUCGAAUCUGAGGGUGAAACACACCAGAGACCUCAUCCACGGAGCUCAUAUUGGCAAGGCAGUUUCCAAAACAGCCAGUGUUACUAUGCGAUACUGCAACGAUAACGACGAAGAACUGAACUUCUGCAGGAUUGUCGCAGGUGACUCUUCUGAAUAUUACAUCAACGGCAAACAAGUGACAUUGGCCAAGUACUCAGGAGAACUGGAGAAGAUUGGCAUAGUGGUGAAAGCCAGGAAUUGUCUGGUGUACCAGGGCGCUGUGGAGUCCAUUGCUAUGAAGAAUGCCAAGGAGCGGACGCGCAUGUUUGAACGCAUCAGUAACUCUCUGGAGCUGGCUGGCGAGUACGAGAAGAAGUGCGCCGCUCUGCAGAAGGCCAAGGAGGACACGCAGUUCCACUUCAACAGGAAGAAGGCCGCCACGGCCGAGAGGAAACAGGUCUCCAAAGACAAGGCGGAGGCGAUGAAGUUCCAGGCGUUGCUGGAUGAUGUGGGAGAGUGCAGGCUGCAGCAGAACUUGUUCCAGCUCUACCGCAACGAGCUCGGGACGCAGGUCGUCUUGGGCUGCCUGAGGGAGCGGCAGGACGCCGCCGCGGCCCAGAAGAAAGUUCUGGAGACGUGGGAGCAGACGGUGAAGAGCCAGAAGAAGGAGCACGGGCGUCUGAGCCGAGAGCUCCAGCAGAUAGAGAAGCAGAUCCGUGGGGAGGAGCAGAAACUGAGCCUGCAGAGGCCUCAGUACAUCAAGGCCAAAGUGAACACGUCUCACCACGAGAACAAGGCCCAGGAGAGUCGCUCGGGCCUGCAGAAGGGCCAGCGCCAGCGGGAGAAGAAGGAGGAGGAGCUGGAGGAGCUCCGCGGGCAGCUGGGGGAGCUGGAGAAGGUCUGGAGGAACUACGAGAGGGAGAUGGAGAAGCAGGAGGCCGCCAGGGGGACAGAUGUGCAACUAGGAGAGGCACAGCUGAAGCGCUAUAAGGAGCUGAAGGAGGUGGCCAGGAAGCAGGGCGCCACCUUGGAUCAGAAGCUGGAGAAGCUGCAGUGGGAUGUGAAGGCAGACAGAGAGAAGCUGGACUUCGACCAGAGGAAGAAGUUGGAAGUGGAGGCAAACAUUAAGAGCUGUAUGUCUCAGCUGGAAGACUUCAGGAGGAGAGCUGACAAACUGUUGGAGUAUACCGCCACCUGCAGUUCGUCUGUGGAGGAGCUGAGCUCCCAGGAGGCGCGUCUGCAGCAGGAGCUGGAGGUGGGUCGCGUGCGCUCCCUGGAGCUGAACGAGGAGCUGGGGACGGUUCUGGGGGAGCUGCAGAACGCCCGCGUGGACCACCAUGAGAACCGACGCCAGCAGAAACGAGACGAGCUGCUGGAGAGCCUGCGCAGGCUGUACCCGGAUGUGCUGUUUGGCCGUCUGGUGGACCUGUGCCAGCCCAUCCAUAAGAAGUACCAGCUGGCCGUUGCGAAGGUGUUCGGCCGCUACAUGAACGCCAUCGUCGUGACAAACGAGAAAGUGGCUCGCGAUUGCAUCAAGUUUGUCAAGCAGGAGAUGGCGGAGCCAGAGACGUUCCUGCCGAUCGACUACCUGGAUGUGGCCCCUCUGAACGAGCGUCUGCGUGAGCAGCGGGGCUGUAAGCUGCUGCUGGACGUGGUGCAGACCUCUGCAGGAGCCCCCGAGCUCAAGAGGGUGCUGCUGUUUGUGUGCGGGAACACACUCGUGUGCGAGACCAUAGAGGAGGCUCGGGCACUGGCCUUUGGGCCGGAGCGCCAGAAGACUGUGGCACUCGAUGGCACCAUGUUCUCCAAGUCUGGGGUGAUCUCGGGGGGGUCUCUGCACCUGCGCAGCAAGGCUCGCCGCUGGGAGGAGAGAGACAUGAUCAAGCUCAAGGAGAAGAAGGAUCAGCUCACUGCAGAGCUACGGACUCUGUUGAAACUGAGGCAUAAGGAGGCCGAGCUGCAGCAGAUCAAAGCACAGGCUCAGGGUAACCAGACCCGACUCAAGUACUCCCACACGGAGCUGGACGCCCUGCGCAAGAAGACGGUCCCUGCAUGCCAGGCCGAGAUCUCUCGGCUGGAGAGUGAGCUGUCUAACCUGGAGUCUCAGAUUUCUGUAGCGGAGAAGAGCGUGGAGAAGAAGGAGGGGGAGCUGAAGAGACUCAAAGACAAGGCCAACCAGAUGGAGGAUGGUGUGUUUUCUGAUUUAUGCCUCGAGAUCGGCGUGUCCAACAUCCGAGAGUAUGAACAGGAGUAUGUCAAACAACAGCAGGAGGUGGACCGCAAACGGCUGCAGUGUGAGUCCCAGCGCACGCGCCUCAACGCCCAGCUGGAGUACGAACAGGGGCAGCUGCAGCAACUCAACAAGAAGCUACAGAAACUCCAGGACGCCAUCGCCAAGGAGGAGGACACCAUCCGAACCCUGAAGAAGGACGAGGAGAAGAUGCUGGUCCUGGUGGAUGAGACCCAGGCUCGUGGGCAGGAGCUGAAGGGUGUGUCUACAGACAAGAAGUCAGAGGUCAGCAUCGCCAAAACCGACCUUGACCAGAAGGUCAAGAAGCUACAGGAAGUCUCCAGAGAGCUGACGCGUCUGCAGAAGGAGGUGCUGUCUGUUGAGGCGUCUCUGGAGGAGAGGAGGCUGGGCCGACACAACCUGCUGCUGGGCUGCAAGAUUGAGGGCAUCCCCGUGACCCUGCUCUCGGGAAACAUGGAUGACAUCAGUGACGUGCAGCUGGACUCUGAGUCCCAGAGCACCUGCACCCUGGACAUCUAUGAGCGCGAGGAGCAGAUGCAGAUAGACUACACAGCUCUGGCAGAUGAGCUCAAGGCCCUGGGUGAGGAGGGGGAGGUGGAGAAGGAGCUGCAGGGCCUGAGGGAGAAGCUGUCCUCUCUGGAGGGAGUCAUCCAGCGCUCAGAGCCGCCCAACCUCAAAGCCCUGGAGAAGAUGAGGGAGAUCAGGGACAGCUUCAAGACUGUGGUGGACGCUUUUGAGGAGAGCACCAACAUGGCUCGUCGGCGUAACCAUGAGUUUGAGCAGGUCAAAGCCAACCGCUUUCGUCUCUUCAGCCAGUGCUUCGAGCAUGUGUGUGUGGCCAUCGACCAGAUCUAUAAACAGAUGUGCAGGAACACCAGCGCUCAGGCUAUCCUCAGUGCAGAGAACCCUGACGAGCCUUACCUGGACGGCAUCAGCUACAACUGUGUGGCCCCAGGCAAGCGCUUCAUGGCCAUGGACAACCUGUCCGGGGGGGAGAAGGCCAUCGCCGCCCUCGCUCUCGUCUUUGCCAUUCACAGUUUCCGUCCCGCUCCUUUCUUCGUGCUGGACGAGGUGGAUGCCGCUCUUGACAACACCAACAUCGGAAAGGUGACAGGGUUCAUAAGGGAGCAGUGCCGGGAGAACUUCCAGGUGAUCGUCAUCUCGCUCAAGGAGGAGUUCUACUCCAGAGCAGACGUACUGCUGGGUGUGUACUCUGAGUCUGGAGACACCAUCUCCAGUCGUGUGCUCUCCAUAGACCUCACCCCCUACCCCCUGACUGAGGACACCCUCUCACAGAGAGACAAGGAGAUGUAGACAUGCAGACACACAAGGAGAUGAAGACAUGCAGACACACAAGG